AUGGCGAGGACCAUCUUUGGUUUUGUUGCUGCCGCGGCUCUCGUCGUCGCCCUCGUCAUGCCGGCCGUCGCCGCGCAGGCUCCCGCACCGGCGCCCGCCACCAGCGACGCAUCGUCGAUCGACCAGGGCGUUGCCUACCUCCUGAUGAUCGUGGCGCUGGUGCUCACCUACCUCAUCCACCCGUUGGACGCCUCCUCCCCCUACAAGCUCUUCUGA